AUGGAGCUGGAAGCGGCAGAACCGGGCUGCAACUGGAGCGUCGUAGUGACUGAUGUGAUGGCAACACACAUAGCCCUUCAACACGUGGACCCAACUUUUCUCCCUGGCCUCAUCAGCAAUACUCCUGCACGUGCACCUUAUAGUCCAGAUCCAGCUGGCCUCUUCCGCUGCGUGCCGGAUCCUAGCACAGGGGCAGCGCAAGUUCCAGGCGCACAAGCCAGCGAAGACGCAGCGGCGGCCCCUGAAAGGAACCGGGGCCGCAGGAAAGACGGUCGUGUUACAGCUCCCAAGAAGGCGCGCGUUGGUCAGCAGCAAAAGCUUAAGAAGAACCUAGAAGUCGGGAUCUGGAAGAAGAUCGAACAUGCCGUGGUGAUGAAAGCCAGCAACAGCCUGUCCAAGAAGCUGGCACUGCUGAAGGCCUCGACCAAGAAGAAAGGGGCGGCUGCUGCCACCUCCUCCAACAAGACACCUUCCUGAGGACGCUGGCCCCAGCACAGGCCAACACCACAGCCCCCGCAUCCACGAUGGGACCUUGCAGGUGAUCCCACAGGCUGCACUGUCAGGAAGAAGACCCUGUUCCCCAGCACUGGGUCUCACUUAGAACUUCGUUGGGAGCCUGGCCCUUGGGCAGCAGACCCUAGGGUGCUGAGAACCCAGCAAUGGCCAGGAAGAUACAGUCACCAAUCUCAUCUGCCCCUGUCCCCCUUCCCAGGUCCUACCUUCACAGGUUCAACACAGAGCAAUAAACCUGGCUUUGUCAUUAAAAAAAAAAAAA